GUGUCGCGCUAAAUUAAAAAAAAAAAUUGUCAAAAAGAAAAAUUAAUGUGAAAAGUGGACAAGUGAUCAAACAACAAUGGGAAAAGGCCAGUCGAAAGAAAAGGAGAAAAUAAUCAUCGCACAGUCAGGAAAUAUAGUGGAGGUACAACGGCUAAUGGAAGUACAAGUACUGGGCUUUCCUUAAUUGAAGUUGUGGCUGUAGAUGCAUUAGUAUGAGCCAUUGGCUAGUACUGUCUUAGAAACAAAUAGCAAGAGAGAUUGCAAGAAGCCAGCAGAUCGCGUAAGAAGGUAAAACUGGUUGUUCCACACCGGAGCCAGCACCGAGGGAACGUUGCUAGCAGUUGCGCAAUGCGGCUAGGGCGCAACGAGGGAUACCAACCUGUCAAGUUUGGAACUUCAAGAGCAGGAAGAUGAACAGCAUAAAACGUUUAUUCAUUAGGGAAGUUAAUGGAGGACGUAGCCGUCAGGAUUGGAAGUUGGAGUAUUGGAAAUGUGGCCAGGCGGGUCACAUAAGAAGACUCUAGCUAGAAGGCGUUAGUUCCAAAUCCGCCAAUCCGGGAAACUAAAGAAAGUGGAUGCGAAUGGACGAUCGUCAACCUAUAUUCAGCAAACUCCAGUAAAUACCGCCCAGGUUGGGUAGUAAACACAAUAGAUUUCAAAUGACCCCAUAGAAAAAAGUCUAACGGCGUUAUAUCAGGAGAUCUAGCAGGCCAUUCUAUAGACCCCCUUCGCCCUAUUCAUUUAUCUGGAAACUCGUCGUCUAGCCAUUGCCGAACGAGAAGAACAUACGAUUAAGGUCCACCUAGUAUAUCCCUAGACAAUGCUAACCUUCAACUUUACCCUAUUAAUAAAAACAAAUGCCCAUUAAUUGAUCCUGUUCGAGAUAUCUCAUUCCAGUUAUUUACAAGACAUAAUCCAUUGAUGCCGACACCACUUCGAAUUGGUGAGGAUGAGACGCUGUUUACGUCACAUUUCAAUUUUUCGGAGCCGACAAUAUUCUUCUUUCAUGCUUUUUUUGAGUCAUACCAGCUUAUUCCUGCCACCUAUAUAAGAACAGCCUAUACUCAACGAGGUGACCACAACAUUAUUUUGUUAAACGCACCACGACUGGAAGCAGGACCAUGGUACCUAACCGCGGCUCAAAAUACACGUGUCGUCGGUCAAUAUACGGCCUAUUUUAUUGAUUAUCUUGUAUCCAGAGGCCUUUACUUACCAAGCCUGCAUUUGGUAGGUCUUAGUUUAGGCGCACAAAUGGCUGGUGUUUGUGGACAGUAUGUUAAAAGUGGUAGAAUCAGUAGGAUAACCGGUUUAGAUCCUGCAGGCCCGCUUUUUACUAAAUGGCCGAAAAGUCUAAAGCUUGACGCUAGCGAUGCUGAAUUUGUAGACGUUAUUCAUACUGAUGCUGGCAUAUUUGGAUAUCCGAGACAGAUAGGUCAUGCAGAUUUCUGGCCGAAUGAGGGAAUAGCACCACAGCCAGGAUGUAAUUUGAAGGAAAUUAAAAAAAGAAAUCCAGAUGCCCUUUUGGAAUAUGCAUUCUGCAGUCAUUGGAGAUCGUACCAGUUUUUUGCCGAAUCUGUCAUAAAUCCACAUGCAUUUUUAAACGCCUUAAAUUGCGACUCAUGGGAGCAAUAUAAAAAAGGAGAUUGCAAUGUGGAAAACAGUUUUGCUACGCAGUUGGGCCUUUACGUCGACACUAGGUAUGCUAACAUUUUCUCCUUUCAAAUGGUCAAAAAUGCUAGAAUAUAUACAGGAGCCAUAAAGAAGUAAUUUGGGAUGGAAGAG